AUGGCAACAUCAUAUAGAGGAAAUAUAUCAAGUGGUAUCGAUCCAGUCGAUAAUUAUUUAUCAUUAAGUACAUUAAGAACAAUUGAGCAACUUGAUCAAGAAACAAAGGCAAACGAAGAUUGCUGUGAUAAUAUUUGUUGUUCGUGUUUUAACUAUUGGUGGAAUAUAAAGUUCAAUCAUCAACGUGCCAUUAUUCAUGUUGUCGAAAAGACAAUAUUUCACAUAGCAGUUGUAGUUCUUGUACUUAUCGAUUGUGUACUUGUUGUGAGUGAAUUACUACUCGAUUUUAUUUAUUUAAGUCAAAAAUGUGAUAGUAAAGCAAAAAAUACAUCACAUCAUGAAGAAGUAGAAAAUCCAAAAUUAGAAUUAGCUAUUGAAUUAUUACAUUAUGCAUCAAUUAUUUUAUUAGCUAUAUUCGUUCUUGAAGUCAUUGUCAAAAUAUAUGCGUUUGGAAAAAAAUGGUGGAAUUUUCGAGAAAAAAAAAUGGAAUGGCUAGAUGCAGCUAUUGUUAUUGUUUCGUUUGUUGUUGAUAUUUAUUUUUUACAAAAACCGAAUGUUAUAGCAGAAAUUUCUUUAUUAUUUAUAUCAUUUCGUUUGUGGCGUAUUAUUCGAAUCAUCAAUAGUGUGGCACAAUCGAUACGAGCAAAAGGUGAAACAGCGAAAAAGAAUUUAGCUGAUACAUAUUUACAAAUUAUUGAAUUACUGUUAAGUGUUUCAAGUAAAAAAACUGACGUCACUGCUGAACUUCGAAAUGACCUAACACGAGAAAAUUUCGAGAAAAUUAUAGAAAAAUUUACUACAAUCGAUCAAUCAUGUCGUUCAAUGUUAGUGCAAUGUCAAAAACCAUCAUCAAGGGAUGCUGUUACGGAUAUAGCACAAAAUCUACAAGAAACUCUUGAACAAAUACGUUCAACAUCAUCCAUAUUAGAUAUAAAAAAUAAAACUAAUCAAUAUAAAUGGAAAUAG